CUACUCUGACCAAUCAAGGGCGACUCCAGAUAGGACUGCUCCGUACUGGAAUUUAGUUGGGAACCACGUUGGUUUGUCUCAGAUCGCCAGUAUCUUGAUCAUUAUCCAUAUCCUUUAGUUCUCCCUAUUUUUGACAGUUUGACAGGAUGCCAACUGCAAGUGAAAAUGCGCUGUUUGGGAUGGGCAAUCCCCUGCUGGACAUUUCGGCUGUGGUGGACAAGGACUUCCUUGACAAGUACGGCCUGAAGCCCAACGACCAGAUCCUGGCCGAGGACAACCACAAAGCCUUGUUUGAAGAAAUUGUGAAGAAAAGCCACGUCGAAUAUCAUGCGGGAGGCGCAACCCAGAACUCGGUGAAAAUCGCACAGGGUUUCUUCCUGACGGUGUCCCCGGAGUCGAUCCUCAAGGUGGCCAAACAUGUGUCUGAUAACAACAAGGUGUUCUGCAUGAACCUCUCUGCGCCGUUCAUCAGCCAGUUCUUCAAGGAGGACCUGAUGAAGAUCAUGCCCUACGUCGACGUCCUGUUUGGCAACGAGACGGAAGCGGCCACCUUCGCAAAGGAGCAAGGCUUCAAGACGGAGGACAUCGCCCAGAUCGCCAGGGACUGCCAGAACCUGCCCAAGCAGAAUGAGAAGAGGCGGCGGGUGGUGGUCUUCACCCAGGGGAAGGACGACACCGUGGCCACUGUCGGUGACAAGGUGACCACGUUUCCUGUUGUGGACAUUGACCAGAGCGCCAUCGUGGACACAAAUGGCGCAGGCGAUGCCUUUGUGGGAGGCUUCCUGUCCCAGCUGGUGGUGGAAAGCCCGCUGGAGGAGUGCAUCCGGGCGGGGCACUACGCAGCCAACGUCAUCAUCCAGAGGGUCGGCUGCACCUUCCCGGAGAAACCGGACUUCCAUUGAUGUCCAUGAGCACUGUUUUUGGCGUUUCGGCUGAUGGAACAGUUUAUGUUCAGGGUUGUUUUUGUUUUGUUCAUGGGACUAACCGUCGUCGUCGAGGCCUUGAAUGCGCAGAGUGUUCCUUCUGUUCGCAGCUUAAGAGAGGCAAUGGAUGACCGUUUAUUAACUUGUUGCCAUAUGUUUGCCUCUUCCCACUGUUCCUUGGCUCUCGUGCCCGCGGUGUCUUCGGCCCUAAAGUGGGCCGAGCCGCGAUCGGUUAAAACCAUCCAACUGCAGCUAAAGAAUUCUGACCAUAUUUUGGUUUUAUAAUGCAAAUAACAUCAUUUAUAACCAUAUAUAAUAGUUAUACCAAUCAUUGUAAGUCUUAAUCCCACCAUGAUUAAAGUAACUUAUUUAUAAGUUUCUCUAGUAUUUUACUUUUGAAAAGUUUUGCAUUAAAUAAAUAUUUCUUUGCAAAUA